CUAUUUAUAACACCACUGCAUUCAUGGACCUGAGUUGCCGCGAGGACCUUGUUGUCGACAAGGCGGCGUCCGUGCUGGCUGUGGCGGACGAUAGUAGCACGAGCGCCGACGAGCUCCAGUGCCUCCGCGCACGCGAGCGCACGACCGCGCCCAGCGCCAUGUACUUGCUCCUCGUGCAAGCCCAAGGCGUCGUCGAAGCGUCGCGCGACCACAUCUGCUGCUGGAUCGCCGAGGUGGCCCUCGAGUUUCACUUUUCGCGCAUCACAACCGCGGUCGCCAUCAACUACCUCGACCGGUACCUCUCGCAGCACGCGUCGACGCCGCACCGGCUCCAGCUCGUGGGCCUCGUCGCGAUCCUCAUCGCGUCCAAGUUUCACGAGAAGGACGGCAUCUCCAUGGACGAAGCCAAGGAGAUUGCGGCCAACGUCUUUACCGUCGAGGACAUUACGCGCAUGGAGGCCAAUAUGCUAUCGGCGCUCCAAUGGAAGCUGCAUGCGGUCGUGCCCGCCAUGUACAUCGACACGUUUCUGCAGGACCUCCAGCAAACGCGGCUCGUAUCGCCGAUCUGCGCUGACAUCACCGCCGUCCACCACACUGCGUACAGCCAGCUCGGGUUUUUGCCGUCCAUUGCGGCAAUCGCGAUCACGCACCUCGCGUACGACGUGCACGGGCUCUCGAAGGCGCCUUUGGAUGCGUACUUGAAGCGCAUGGACAUGGACGCCGAGAGCGACGACGUCGCCGAGUGCCAGCGCCAGCUGCGCAUGCUUCUUCCAGCGCACCUGUGGAAAACGAAGAAGCGAGACCGGUCGCCGAGCCCGUCCGGCGUCGACGAGGUGCUUCAUAGCCCCGAGCCCGACGACGACGAUGAGUCUGUCGUACCAGAGGCGAAGCGGGCAAAGACCAGCUAG